AUGCGGUGCGAGACCACCACCACCACCGCAGCAAGAGGUGCACUCGCAGGGGCACCCGCAGCGACGACGCGGCUGCAGCGUCGACUGGGACUGAUGGUGGUUCUGCUUGUCGCAAAGGUCGCUUGCAUCGGGUGGCUCGCGGCAAGCAGCGCGGUGCUGGGUGCAGACGCUGCCAACGCUUGCACUGUUUGCACCUGCGAUACCCAGCAAGUCUACGCAUGCUCAACCGCAAUCACCACCCGAUCUGAGUGGCUGCAAGAUUACGACGGCAAGAUUACGACGAUAGGACCAAGCGCAUUCUCUGGUCUCAAUGCUCUGACUGUACUGUAUCUCAAUGAGAAUCCAAUCCAAGUGCUGUCCCCGACUGCUUUCAACAACUUGCCAAGCCUCCAAACUUUGAUUCUGGCCAGCACUCCGUUCUUAAGCGUUCCUGCUGCAGUUUCGUCCAUAUCCACUCUCAAAGCUCUGUAUUUAUCGAGCACAAAUAUUACAACCCUCUCGGCGAACGCAUUCUCAGGUCUAUCCUCGCUUGAACAAUUAUGGCUGCCUUCGACUCAAAUUAGUAUCAUUGCUCCUGGAGCCUUCACCGGCCUCAACUCGUUGACCUACUUAAACUUUGACGGUGGGAACUUGAGAAGCUUGCCGCCAAAUGUCUUUGCAGGGUUGGGGUCUCUCCAGCGCAUUGAGGCGUCUUCCAACAGCAUGCUGACCUCCAUCUCUCCCGGUGCGUUUUCCGGGCUCUCGACUCUCGUGUCGAUCGAUUGUUCCGGAUCCAGUGUGACGUCCAUCCCUUCCGGCGCAUUUGCCGGAUUGAUCGCGCUCAAAACCCUCCUGAUGCCCAACAGUGACAUUACAAGCAUUGCAGCCGGAGCUUUCUCAGAUCUUGCCUCCAUUACCGUCAUCUCGCUCAAUAACAACGCUCUCACAACCCUCCCUCCGGGGCUGUUCAAAGGGCUGACGAAUCUCUGGUCGUUCCAGGCCACCAACAAUCCCUUUGCGAAUGGUGUACCGCCUCCGAGUACUCGUGGAACAGCCGCCAACCCAUACGGCGAUACUUGCACCAUUGGUCCAGCAGCGGCCUCUGCGUCCGCCGCAUCGGCUUUGUCAAACUCGGCUGCCUCAGCGUCUGCUGCUUCUGCCGCCUCAGCCUCCACUGCAUCGCUUGCACCCGCCAUCUCCACAUCCGUCGCAUCGCUGGCUUCCCGUUUAGCGGGUGCGUCAGCGUCUGCUGCCUCUUCCGCUUCCGCCUCCGCUGCAUCUGUCGCCCUCGCCAUCUCUACAUCCGUUGCGUCCUACGCUUCCCAUCUAGUGGCUGCAUCUGCGUCUGCUGCUUCCACCGCUUCAGCCUCCGCCGCAGUUCUUGCCUCCGCCAUCUCUGCAUCCGUCGCAUCUCAAGCUUCCAGUCUGGUGGCUGCGUCGGCAUCCGCGGCCUCUACUGCUUCAGCCUCCGCCGGAAUUCUUGCCUCCGCUGCUUCUACAGCUUCAGCAUCCCUCGCAUCCGUCGCAUCCGUCGCGUCCGUCGCAACGACCGCAUCCGCAUCCGUGGCAUCCACGGCAUCCGCCUCCGCCGCAUCUGCAGAGUUUGUUCGAUCAACCAGCGCAGUUGUUGCCGAGUCAGCCGCCUCCCUAAGCUCAUUGUCUGCGGCCUCCGUUGGAGCCGCUACUAGCGGACUGAGGGCAGCUUCAGGCAGCGGCGGCUCUGUCGCCGGUGUUGUUGGAGGCGUCGCAGGAGGAAUCGUCGUGGUGGCGCUGCUUGUUGCGUUGCUCGUGCUUCGCCGACGCCGCCAGCGUCAGCGCCACAACUUGGAAUCGGCGAGCAAGACCAGUGUGCCGUUAGUGCCAAUGCAGAGCGUCCAGCUCUCCCCGGCCUCAUCAGGCGUCAUGGAGGAGCCAACGUACGCCACCGCCAAAUUGCCCCACGCAGCUGCUGCGGCCGAUCCAACCUAUGCUGCGGUUGGUCAGGUUGGCUACAGCACUCCAGAGUAUGCGUACGCGGCAUCCGAGCGAAUCUACAGCUCGGCUGCACCGGUGACCCGAUCGCUGCGUGACGGUAUUCUGAUGGGAGCGAAACUCGGCUCGGGUGCCUUUGGCGUGGUUUUGCGCGGUCAGCUGCCCAGAAACCUGGUGCCAGCCGAUGCCCAAUACCUGCUGACGAGCCCGACUCAGCAGUACCUCGAUGUCGCCGUCAAGAAAAUGCUCCCGGACGCCACCGACAAGGAUCGCAAAGAAUUUAUCGAGGAAGUCCGCAUGGUGACGCAGUUCAGCAAUCCCAAUGUCGUUCGUGCCAUUGCCGCCCUGCUCGAGGCAGAGCCGUUCAUGUGCGUGUUGGAGCUGAUGCCGUAUGGCGAUUUGCGUGCCGUGCUGCAAAAAUCCCAGCUUCGCAAUAUCGAGUGGUCUGUGGGUGAGUUUGCGCAUGCCCUUGCGCAAGUGGCGUCCGGCCUGGACUAUCUGCAGUCCAUUCGGUUUGUGCACCGCGACAUUGCGGCGCGCAACUGUCUCGUGGGAGCUGGCCUGGCGGUCAAAAUUUCAGAUUUUGGUCUUUCGCGCUCGCUGGCCGCUGAAAGCGAUUACUAUCGCAUGCAGACGAAAGGCCGGCUUCCAAUCAAGUGGAUGGCCCCUGAGUGUUUACUCUUCCGCAAGUUUACGCAUCAAAGUGAUGUGUGGGCGUUUGGCAUUUUGGCUUGGGAAGUUUAUGCAUACGGCGCCUCGCCUUAUGGCAAAACAAUUGGCCCAGAGAUACUUGCCGCGAUCGAAUCUGGACGCAGGCUCGAACAGCCUGACGCUUGUCCUGUUGCGACGUUCGAGCAAAUCUAUCGCUGCUGGGAGCGAGACCCGGAUGCUCGUCCUUCGUUCCAUCAUCUUUGCUCCUUCUUUACUGCUUCGGCCUCCGGCCACUCUAUUCGAGAUAUUGGUGCGUUGAUCAGAGGGUAA